AUGGCCAAUAAUGAUUGUAGGAAUCCACCAACAGACAACGCGGACCCUUCCAUCCCAAAUGUGACCAUCGUCGCGACAGCAUCCUGCUAUCCGCCGAAUAGGAUCGACACAGAGGACAUUGAUGACAUAAUUUCUGCAUCCUAUGAGUUAAGCCCAGUUCUUAAGAAGACUUUAGAAAUAAACAGAAGGUCCAAAAUACAACAUCGCUACUCGGCCCUACCGGAUGAUCAUCCAUACUGGGAGGAAUUGAAAUUGCCUAGUAUUUCAGAAUGCGACCUCCUAUUCAAGAAAUAUGGCGUUCCAAUGGCAGAAGAAGCUGCCAAUAAGGCUCUACAAGAUUGGGGCGGCUCCCUUGACGAUAUCACUCAUAUGGUUGUAGUCACAUGUACCAACACAGCAAAUCCAGGGCUGGACUAUAUACUCUCUCAACGACUUGGUCUGCACAAAAAUGUGCAACGCACCCUUCUUCAUGGAAUCGGCUGCGCAGGUGGCGUGGCUGCUUUGCGAACUGCGAACGAGUUUCUUCUUGGAAGGGCGGCAUUCAAGAAGCCAGGGAGAGCACUCCUGGUUGCAUGCGAGCUGACAACCAUUUUCCUACGUACGGAGAUAGCGGAUAUCGUUAGAGAUAAUCAAGUUCAUAUUGGACCAACGUUGUUUGGUGAUGGGGCGGGGGCAUUGAUCCUGAGCAAUGGAAUCGGCAUCCAAACCGUUGAAAACAGAUCGUAUUGGAAAAUUCUCAAUGUUCAGUCCACAACGCUGCAGCACUCAGCACGAUGCCUUGAAUUUAAUGUGCACGAACACGGCUAUCACGCUAUAAUUUCAAAAGACGUCCCUAGACAUAUUUCUUCGUCGCUUUUCACCGCGUUUCAAGAUUUGAUUGCAUCAACUCCGUCGCUAAAUUAUGCCAAGACAAAUUUUGAUCCGUGCAGUUAUGAUUGGGCUUUGCAUCCUGGUGGUUAUGGAAUUCUUCUCCUGGCGCAGGAAGCCUUGGGGAUAUCAGAGCACCAUCUACGGAAGAGUUAUGAUGUCUAUCGGAUGCGAGGAAAUACUAGCUCCGCUACUAUCCUCAGCAUCAUCAAAGAGCUCGCAGAUGAGGAGAGGGCCACUGGGACUGGACGAGAUAAAGUCAUAAUGGCAGCGUUCGGUCCGGGGAUCACGAUAGAAAUGGCUGUCAUGGCCCGGGCGUAG